AUGGUUCUCUUCACGUCCAAGUUGGCAGCUUCAUGCCUGUCACUAGGCAUUUUCGCUGGUGCAGCUCAAGGCCAAAACAUCACAAAUGAUAGCUAUUUCUAUGGACAGUCUCCGCCGGUCUAUCCAUCUCCCCAGAUGCCAGGCUCUCUUAAAUGGCAAGUUGCACAUGAGAAAGCAGUAGCUCUGGUCUCCCAAAUGACCAUUGAGGAGAAAGCCAAUAUCACUGUUGGUUUCGCCCCUAGCAAUGGAUGUUCGGGCGUUACUGGCUCAGUUCCACGUCUUGGGUGGGAAGGGUUAUGUCUUGCGGAUGCUGGCCAAGGUCUCAGAGCAACUGAUUAUGUCAAUGCUUAUCCUGCAGGUAUCCAUGCCGGAGCCAGUUGGAAUCGAGAUCUCACUCUCCAACGUGCUCGUCAUAUGGGCGCCGAGUUCAGAAGAAAGGGCGUGAAUGUCCUUUUGGGACCGGUCAUUGGAGGCAUCGGAAGAGUAGCAUUAGGUGGACGGAAUUGGGAAGCUUUCUCGAACGAUCCUUACUUGUGUGGGAAACUCGGAUAUGAGACCAUCAAAGGCAUUCAGGAGGUUGGAGUCACAGCAUCCGUUAAGCGUACGUAUUUCUAUCUCUCCUUAGAUUAUCCAUUGGUAGAGUCUGGAAACUCACCGAUAUUUUUAGACUACAUCGCCAACGAACAAGAAGACCACCGCAACCCUCUCAUCGGUGGAGGUGACGGUGGUGGUGCUGUCGGAAACGAGCCUACCGGAUGGUACCCUGCUGUUGGAAACCCAAACAACUACACUGUAGAGGCACUUUCUUCAAACGUCGACGAUAAAACCAUGCACGAGCUUUAUCUCUGGCCAUUUGCUGAGGCUGUUCGAGCCGGUGCCGGUUCGGUCAUGUGUUCUUACCAGCGUCUCAACAAUUCUUAUGCUUGUCACAACUCCAAGGCUCAGAAUGGCUUGCUGAAAGGCGAGCUUGGCUUUGAGGGUUUUAUUGUUACUGAUUGGAGAGCGCUACAUGCCGGAGUGGCGGCAGUUGAAGGAGGUCUCGAUAUGGCUAUGCCUAACGGUUCCACGUAUUGGGGCGCUGGUGGUAACAACCUUGUCCGAAUGGUACAAAACGGUUCCGUUGAGGAGACCCGGAUCACCGAUAUGGCAACUCGCAUCGUUUCUACCUGGUAUCAAAUGGGGCAAGACAAUGAUUUCCCAUCUAUUGGUCUCCCAGCCAGCUACGUUACACCACAUAAGUCUGUCAGAGCUCGUGAUCCUGUGUCGCAACCAAUCUUGCUCCAAGGAGCUAGAGAGGGCCAUGUGUUGGUGAAGAACGUCAACAAAACACUUCCGUUCAAGACCCCUUCAAUGCUCUCUGUGUUUGGUUACGACUCUGUUGCUCCGCCGGAGAGCAACCUGGCAGCGCCUCUAGGAGGCUACCGUCUUGGCUUUCUAUCAAACUAUGGCUUCCCAUGGUUAGCUGCCAUUAGAUACCCAUUCACAAAUCCGGGUCCAAUUGCACCAAAUGGAACUUUGAUUACCGGAGGAGGUUCAGGAGGUGUCGCACCACCAUACAUCUCGGCACCCUUAGACGCCCUCCAAGAAAGAGCAUAUAAAGACGGAACUCAGAUUUUCUACGACGCUGUUGCCAACAACCCCGCCGUCCAUGCCGAAAGCGAUGCAUGCUUGGUAUUUAUCAACGCAUACGCCACCGAAAGUGUCGACCGUGAAGCUCUAUACGAUGACUACAGCGAUGCUCUUGUCAUCAACGUUGCCAACAAGUGCGCAAACACUAUUGUAAUCAUCCAUAACGCUGGCAUCCGUCUGGUUGAUCAGUGGAUCGACCAUCCUAAUGUUACAGCUCUUAUCUUCGCUCAUCUUCCUGGACAAGAUUCUGGUCGAUCGGUUGUUUCGUUACUUUAUGGUGAUGAGUCGCCUUCUGGAAAACUACCGUAUACUGUUGCGAGAAAUGAGUCUCAAUAUAACGUCCAGGUUGCUCAUCCUGAGGGAGAGUUCUUCCGCUUCCCUCAAGAUAAUUUUACUGAGGGUGUCUACAUUGACUAUAAGGAUUUUGACCAGAAGAACGCUACACCCCGCUACGAAUUCGGCUUCGGCCUAACUUACACCACAUUCUCCUACUCCAACCUCGCAACUUUAAUCAAACAAGGUGCCAACACCAGCUCCACCGCACCCGCAUCCCGCAUCUCCGAAGGCGGCCAAGACAGUCUCUGGGAAGUCAUCGCGACCGUCUCCGCAACCAUCACUAACACGGGCGACGUGACCGCCAAAGAAGUCGCGCAGCUUUACGUGCACAUCCCAGGUGGGCCCGUAAAACAGCUUCGUGGGUUUGAGAAAGUUGAAAUUGUUGCGGGAGAGAGUGCGGAUGUCACGUUUUCGUUGACGAGAAAGGAUUUAAGUGAGUGGAGUGUGCAGGAGCAGGCUUGGAUGCUGCAGCAGGGGAGCUAUAAUGUUUGGGUUGGGGCGAGUAGUAGGGAUUUACCGCUUGCUGGGGAGGUCACUAUUGGGUAA